AUGAAAAAUUUCUCGGAGAUAAAAAGAUUGGAGGAUUUUGAAGGAAGGGAUUCUGACGUUGUUUUUCUUUUUCAGAUGAUUUUUAAGGAAGAAGAGCGAGGCGUGUUGAACGAGGGUACACAGGUUGUGAAUGCAAUAAAAGCUCAGUGGUGGAUGCAUGAUAAGUUUACAGCAGUUUUGUCACAUUUUCUGACCCUCAUCCAGACAAUGUAUCAACGUUGUAGCUCAUCUUUAGAGGUCCUCUUUGCCACAGGUAACUUACAGGAUCAACCAGUUAGUCGGCUUCGUGCAGACUACUUAGAGGUUAUGGAUUUUAUAAAUGAUGCAGUUGUCAAUAUGGAUGCAUUUGUUGCUGCAUACAAGUAUGCAGCUGUCUUCUUCUGUUGUCCUGUUGAUAUGAGCCAUGGAAAUGAGGAGCUGCUCACUACUCUUGCAAGACUACAUGAUUCACUACUGCCAUCAUUGCAGAGGGGUUUUCACAUUAUUUUGGCUUCAAGAGAUGACGCAAUACAGGAAACAUCUGGUGACAUGCUUUCAGAUAUUUUAAUCAGUUUGAAGUUGUUGUCAACGAGAAUAGUAAAAUUUGGUUGGAAACUACUGUAUUUCUGUUAUUUAAGUGAUGAGGCAUUUGAAAAUAGUUGUCCUUUUCCGGCAUCUAUGAAGAUGUUUCCAGCAAAUGUGGAUGACCCUAUCAUAAGGACAGACAUUUUGGUACAAACACUAAGAGAUAUUGGCCAAGAGUUCUCAAGCAUAACUGAGGCAGAAAAAAGAGGAACUUUUCUCCAAAAUAUUGAGAAGGAGCACAAGAUCAUGAGCAGAGUUGUGUUAUUACAAAACACAGGAUGGAUGUCUUUGGAUGAUGAUCAGAAGCAGUUUCUUUCUGGUAUCCUUAAGCAUCCACUGGAAACCAAUGCAAAUGAUGCAUCGCACACAGCAUCUUCAGGAACAGUUGGUAGCGUGAAGACUGAUGAAGACAAUGCAAUUUUGGAGUCAAAAAUCAGUCAAAUAAAAGAUUUGUUCCCAGACUAUGGCCCUGGACAUAUCAUUGGAGCAAAGUCUAGUAAGAAAAUCAGCUGUGUCUGCAAGCACGAUGGGCAAGGGAAAAGGUAA